GCUGGGGCCUCGAAGGACCCAGACAGAUGGCAGAUACAGCGUUUCUCCUCAGCCUGGACCCAGGAAGUGCCAGGAACGGAGCUGCUUAUGCAGAGGAAACAGGCCCAUGGAGGGGGUUUGCCCAGGUAACGGCUUCCCACUUCCCAGCUGGGGACCCCUGGGAGCCUAGAGGGUCUUUUCUCCAUCACCCCUUCCCCCUUCUUGGCCUUGGGUUUGGGCUCCUGCUAGGAUUUUGUCUUUUUGAGGCAGGAUCUCACUAUGUCUUCCAGGCUGGCCUUGAAGUCACUAUGUAGCCCAAGUUGGCUUUGAACUUGCAGAGAUCCUCCUGCCUCAGCCUCCUAAAGUGCAGGGAUUACAGGUGUGCACCACCACACCCAGCCUGCCUGGUUGAAACACUAUCUUUUUUUGGUACUGGGGAUCAAACUUGGGUCCUUACUCUUGCACAGCAGGUGGCGAAACCACUGAGCUAAAUCCUCGGCCCUGAAACACUAUUUUUUUCACCCUCUGCUCCCCAGCUUCCCCUGUUUCCACUCAGCAGCAGCUCCUGAUGUCUAGGGGAGACCAUCCUGCCGAGAAAUAGAGCAGAGAGCUUGAGCUCAGGCCAAACUGUUUGCUAGGAGCAGCCAUGCACCCUGGGUAAAGCUCCAAGCCUCAGUCCUCUGGGCUGUCGAGGGGCUUCCAGGUCACAGGCAUGCAGUCACCACUCCACUGCCUGCUCUUUGCUCUUCUGCACUGGUUUUCAUUUUGUUUUGGUUUUGGCUUUUAUUUUUGGGGGACAGGGUCUCACUCUGAAGCCCAGGCUGGCCUUGAAGGUGCAGCGCUCCUCCUGCCUCAGCCUUCUGAGUGCAGGGAUUACAGGUGUGUGCCACCACGCCCAGCAAGCGGUGGUCCUGAGUGUCAGUCCGCAGCCUUGAGCUCAAUAGCCUCAGCUCUGCCUGGGGACAGCGGAACCCAUCUGCUCUCCCCCAGGUUCUCCCCACCAGGUGAGGAAGGCGCAGGGACCCAUCCAGCCCCUGGUGGCCCAUCCUCGGGGUGUUCGGGGCAGGGGCUAAUGCCAGAGGGAAUCCCACAGCCCAGGGCUGGAGUCCCGGGGCUUUCCAGCCGCUCUGCCCAAGGCCUGAGGCAGGAAGGAGCCAAGCAGGCAAUGCCCAUGGCUCUCUGGCUGGGCGAGUGGAGGUCGGGGUGGGGAGACCCCGGGGUCUCCAGGGCCGAGUGUGCCCAGUUCUCGGUAAGGAAGUUGGGCCCCAGAAGAGGAGGCAGGGGGCUCGGGCAGGGUAGGAAAGUGGGAAGCAGGUGGCAGCGUCCGGGGCUGGGUGACCAGGCCCUGAAUGCUGGAGGAUGGAACUGGGACAGAGACUGAGCUCUGCAGAGGUGGACAGCGAGGGUCCCUUGGGGCAGCCCUGCCUCUGACCCUUUCUCCUUCAGGCCUGGCCAGAGCUCCUGAAGGUGAAGUUCAGAUUUAAAUACGCGCUGGGGAAAUAAAGGCUAAUGGGCUUUAAUUACUGUUCAUGAAUGCAAUUAAUGAAGCGAAUAUAUGCAAUAAGUGGUAUCAGUUAUCAGAACAAAUCAGUUCAUACAGGCAAUUAAAGGGGUUGGUUAUUUAAAUAAUUAAUGUGGCUGAUGAAUGGGCCUGAUUUGGCUCUAUUGUCACUACUUAUUGAUUUCACUACUAAUAUUAGAGGGAAAAUGUCUUAAAUCUAUAAAAUAAGGUAUUAAUUAAUUAAUUACAAACGGAUGCUUGGGUUCCUGGGUUUGAUUGUCAGAAUGAGGGGGAGCUUGUUCUGGAAAUCUCCAAGCAAAGUGAGAGUUGAAGACUGAAUAGGAGCAGCCUGGCAAAGGGGAGAGGAUAAGACAGCAGAGGGAAUGUCGUGUGCAAAGGCCCUGAGGCCUCAGGGAGUGGUGCUUGGUGGAGGAAGUUGGAGGAAGUUUUAAGAGACUGUGAUUGAAGGAAAGGUGAGAAGAAAGAGCUGGGCCAAGCCAAGAGGACUGGGCUUUGUCCUUGGGGAAGCAGGGGCUGCUCGGACUUUCAUUCACCUACAGAAUAUUGGGGCUGAAGUCAGGUGGGGUGGCCCACACCUGUGGUCUCAGCACUGUGGAGAAGGUCACGCUUCAGACUAGUGGCCAGGGAAGGGCUCCAUAGAAGAAGACUGUAGGAAGCAGGGAGGGAAUCCUGAGGACCUCUGGAAGGAAAGGGCUUCAGCAGAGGUGACAGAAGGUGCAAAGGCCCUGAGGUCCCUGGUGCUGAGGGGCAGAGGUCAGUAUGAAGCUUCCAGGUAAGAGGCAUGAUUGGGCAUAGGUGCUGAGGAGCCAGUCUGCGGGGUUGUGAGGGGACCCUGGGCUCUCAUUUGGAGCGACACUGAGGCGACGCCUAGGGUGGGAGCAGGGGACAGCUGUGAGCUGACUUCCCUUAAAAGGACUGCGGUGGCCACUGCAGAGUGAGUCGUGGGCUGUGGUGGGGGAGGGGCUGGUGGUCACAGUCCAGACAAGCGAUGGCAGCCAGUGUAGGUGGCCAUGGUCACAUGUGGCUUGGAAAUCCCAGCACGCUCUGGAGGGCUGGGGAGGUGAGGGCUGUUGUCCCAGUGUCCUCGGUUUCCUGCCGAGGCCGCUGUCCUGAGCACCCUACUGGGUCCAGCCACCCCACCCGGGCUGACCUCUGGGGUGGGCACCCCAUCCCCAGGGCUCCAUUCCCACCCCUGGGCCAGAGGGGAAGUGGACAGGAAGCUGGAGGAAGCGCCGGCCGAUCCCAGUGUCCUGGCUCCUCUGUUCCCAGAAGUGGGAGGAUUUCCGGGCCUCAAUGGCCGGAAAGGCUGGGAUGGACACCUCACCCGGGAAGGCCCCAGUCCACCUUACCCCGCUGAGGAAGCUACCGCCGCCAAGGACAGCUUGAGGGACGGUUGCUAGAUGUCAGGAGGGACUUCCAGGAGGCCUUGUCAGCAACAAGGAACCCCAUAGUGUCAAGACCAACAUUUUCUCAAUGAGGAGCCCCUGGCCUAAGGAGCCAGGAACCCUGUAAUACUCAUUUUCUACCUCAGCUUUAUUUUGUUUGAAUAUUAAGCUUGUGUUUUUUGUUGUUGGUUUUGGUUUGGUUUGAUUUUUUGGUUUUUUUGAGACAGGGUCUCACUAUGUGGUUUAGGCUGCCCUCGAACUCACAGAGAUUCUCCUGCCUCAGCCUCCCGUGUGCUGGGAUUACACCCUCCCCUUUAGACUCUUGUAUUUGAGCAAAUAUUUCCCUGAUGUCCAGCCUUCCCUCCCCAUUUUGUAGCCUGAGAUGACAGAUGUGAUGGUCGUGCAGCCCUUUAAGCUCCUGAGCUGCUGGAAUGUGCCCGGUGCUCUGCUGGGGACUGGUGGUUUGGGGUGCUGGAGACAAAGCCCACACCCUAGUGGCAGCAUCCAACUGUCCAGUGAAAUAAAAGUGGAGCAGUCAUUUCAGGCAGGGAUUGGAAAACUGAGGAAAGUGAAGCAGGGCUGGGAAGUUCGUGAAGGAGGACAGGUGUUCUAGGUGGGUGCUCCAGGAAGGCUUCUCGGAGGAGGUGACUUUAAGCAGCGCCCUGAAUAACAGGGGUGAAGGUGAAGGUGAUCAUCUGAGGAAGAACAUUUGGAGCAUGGCAUUCGGAGCAAGUGCAAAGGCCCUGUGGCAGGAAUGAGCAGGCAAGGAGGCUGAUGCGGCUGGGGCAGAAGGAUCUGGGAGGCCUGAUGUAUAGAGGGUUGGUGAGGUCCCUACCUCAGAAACCGCCAGACUGCUCACUACUGACUUCCAGGCUGGGGACAGCAUGACCUGGUUUAUGCCUGUUUUCCAGCACAAUAAUGGCACCCUUCAUCUUGAUGAUAUUUAGCUGGCCUUGGAGGGGAAGAUAAAUUUUGUUCCUCAAGAGAUAAGAGGGCUGGGUGUGUGCCUCAGUGGUAGAGCACUUGCCCAGAGUGCAUGAGGCUCUGGGUUCAUCCCCAACACCACCCAGACACACAGAAAAAGAAGUUUAACCAGGCAUGGUGGAUUAUACCUGUGUAGUUGGGAGGUACUUGGGAGGCUGAGGCAAGAGAAUCUCUUGAGCUUGGGAGUUUGAGGCAACCCUGGGCAACACAGCAAGACUCCCAUCUCAAGAAAGAUAAAAGGAGGGCCCGGGAUUUAGCUCAGUGGUUCCAGCGCCUGCCUUGCAAGCUCAAGGUCCUGAGUUCAAUCCUCGCUACCAAAAAAAAAAAAAGAGAGAGAGAUAAAAGGAGAGAGAGAGAGAGAGAGAAGUGGGAGCCCCUUCCUGGAAGGUGUGCCCAUGAUUGGCUUUGGCUGUGACCUCGGGUGCUGCCUGGCAGCAGAGGGGACGUGACAGAGAUGGGAGGACCUGCAGUCCUGGCCAGGAGGCCAACAAGUGCUCCCCGGUUCCCUGCUGGGCUGGGCGUGGCUGGGGUCAGGCAAAUCCUUUGGCCACAUCAGCAGGAGGAUGCAGCAGAAGAUGACAACAGUAACCUCAGCCAUGUCACUGAGAUGGGACGAUGCACGGGGACCAAUGGCCUCGGGAGAGCUGGAGGCCAGCGGGGACUACGUGCAGUUCUCCAAGGAGAAGUACAUCCUGGACUCCUCUCCAGAGAAACUGCAUAAGGAGCUGGAGGAAGAGCUGAAACUCAGCAGCACGGACCUCCGAAGCCAUGCCUGGUACCAUGGCCGAAUCCCCCGAGAGGUCUCAGAGACCCUGGUGCAGCGCAAUGGUGACUUUCUCAUCCGGGACUCGCUCACCAGCCUGGGUGACUAUGUGCUCACGUGCCGCUGGCGCAACCAGGCCCUGCACUUCAAGAUCAACAAGGUGGUGGUGAAGGCGGGCGAGAGCUACACCCACAUCCAGUACCUGUUCGAGCAGGAGAGCUUCGACCACGUGCCCGCCCUGGUGCGCUACCACGUGGGCAGCCGCAAAGCCGUGUCAGAGCAGAGCGGUGCCAUCAUCUACUGCCCGGUCAACCGCACCUUCCCGCUGCGCUACCUCGAAGCCAGCUACGGCCUGGGCCCGGCCGGUGGUAAGGCCGCCAGCCCCACAGGGACCAAGGGCAGCCACAUGAAGCGGCGCAGCGUCACCAUGACAGAUGGGCUCACCGCUGACAAGGUCACUCUCGGCGAUGGCUGCCCCACCAGCGCAUCCCUGCCCCACUCCCGGGACUCCAUCCGCAACUGCGCCCUCAGUAUGGACCAGAUCCCGGACCUGCACUCGCCCCUCUCCCCCAUCUCCGAGAGCCCCAGCUCCCCCGCCUACAGCACAGUCACCCGUGUCCACGCCACCCCUACAGCCCCCUCCGCCGAUGGGCUCCCCGCCUCUCCCUCUCCCGUCGCCCGCCGCUCCAGUGAGCCCCAGCUGUGUCCCGGAAGUGCCCCAAAGCCCCUCCGGGAGUCGGACAAGGCCCCUCACGCCAGCCCCAAUCACAGUCUCGGCAAGGCCUCCCCGUCUCCGUCACUCAGCAGCUACAGCGACCAGGACUCUGGCCACUACUGCCAGCUGCAGCCUCCCGCGCGCACCAGCCUGGAGUGGGCCGCGGUGGAACCCUCUAGCCGCCAAGCUCGGAGCUACGGGGAGAGGCUGAAGGAACUGUCGGAAGGCGGGGGCCCCGAAGGGGACAGGGGCAAGGGCUUCACUGCGCCCGUCAUGGAAGCCACCUCCUCCUUCAACCCCACCACCUUCCAGUCGCUGCUGAUCCCCAAGGAGAACCGGCCACUGGAGGUGAGCCUGCUGCGCAAGGUGAAGGAGCUGCUGGCCGAGGUGGACGCCCACACGCUGGCCCGGCACGUCACUAAGGUCGACUGCCUGGUUGCUAGGAUACUGGGCGUUACCAAGGAGAUGCAGACCCUAAUGGGAGUCCGCUGGGGCAUGGAGCUGCUCACCCUCCCCCAUGGCCGGCAGCUCCGACUAGACCUGCUGGAGAGGUUCCAUACCAUGUCCAUUAUGCUGGCAGUGGAUAUCCUAGGCUGCACCGGCUCUGCGGAGGAGCGCGCGGCGCUGCUACACAAGACCAUCCAGCUGGCCGCCGAGCUGCGGGGGACCAUGGGCAACAUGUUCAGCUUUGCCGCCGUCAUGGGCGCCCUGGAUAUGGCCCAGAUUUCCCGGCUGGAGCAAACGUGGAUGACCCUGCGGCAGCGACACACAGAGGGUGCCAUCCUGUAUGAGAAGAAGCUCAAGCCUUUUCUCAAGAGCCUCAACGAGGGCAAAGAAGGCCCGCCGCUGAGCAACACCACGUUUCCGCACGUGCUGCCGCUCAUCACGCUGCUGGAGUGCGACGCGGUGCCCACCGAGGGCCCGGAGCCCUGGGGCAGCACGGAGCACGGCGUGGAGGUGGUGCUGGCGCACCUGGAGGCGGCCCGCACGGUGGCGCACCACGGGGGCCUCUACCACACCAACGCGGAGGUCAAGCUGCAGGGGUUCCAGGCCCACCCAGAGCUCCUGGAGGUGUUCAGCACAGAGUUCCAGAUGCGCCUCCUCUGGGGCAGCCAGGGCGCCAGCAGCAGCCAGGCCCGGCGCUACGAGAAGUUCGACAAGGUCCUCACCGCCCUGUCCCACAAAGUAGAGCCAGCCGUGCGCUCCAGCGAACUGUGACCCCCA